ACACCGGCACACUUCACACAACAGCUCCGGACCUUGUUUGACCAAGACGCUGGAAGUAAGGAGCGUUUGGACUGAUUUGAGAUAUGAGACUAGGCAUGGCAGUGCUGGCCAAGCUGUGGGUGUAGCCACAUCUGGCAGAGAGCGCUGAAGUAAGAAGGAGCCUCAGCACAACAAAACCAUCCCCAUUGUAGUGGGGGAAGAUGGGAGAGACCGAGGAGGAAAGGGAUAAUGUGGGGAAGCUCUUUGAGAACUUUGUCCAGGCCUCGACCUGUAAGGAAACCCUUCAGGCCUUCAGCAUGCUCUGCACAAACCUGGACCUCGACCCUGCGGAUAACAGCACCUUCUACAGCAGUCUGAAGGCAAAGGUCACCUCCUGGAAGGCCAAAGCAUUAUGGACUAAGUUGGACAAGAGGAUGUCCCAUAAGGAAUACAAAAAAGGCCAGACCUGUGUGGGCACCAAGUGCCUCAUCAUCGGAGGAGGUCCCUGUGGUCUGCGGACAGCUAUUGAACUUGCUUUGAUGGGUGCCAAAGUGGUGGUGAUUGAGAAGAGAGACUCCUUCUCCAGGAACAACGUGCUGCACCUUUGGCCCUAUACCAUCCAUGACCUGCGGGGUCUUGGGGCCAAAAAGUUCUGUGGCAAAUUCUGUGUUGGGGCCAUAGACCACAUCAGCAUUCAGCAGCUGCAGCUGAUCCUCCUGAAGGUCGCCCUCAUUGUUGCGGUGGAGUUUCACAUCAAUGUGGAGUUUGUUGAUUUGCUGGAACCUUCAGAGGAUCAGAAAAAUGAGGGACUUGGGUGGAGGGCUGCGAUCCGACCUGCUGAUCACCCUGUGGCUAACUUUGAGUUUGAUGUUGUGGUGGGGGCUGACGGACGCAGAAACACUCUGGAAGGUUUCAAAAGGAAGGAGUUCAGGGGUAAACUGGCCAUUGCCAUCACAGCCAACUUCAUCAACAGGAACACCACCGCAGAGGCCAAAGUAGAAGAGAUCAGCGGAGUAGCCUUCAUCUUCAACCAGAAGUUCUUUCUUGACCUCAAAGAGGAGACAGGUAUUGAUCUGGAAAACAUUGUGUACUACAAGGACAACACACAUUACUUUGUCAUGACUGCCAAGAAACAGAGCCUGCUGGACAAGGGAGUUGUCAUUAAUGAUUACAUAGACACCGAGAUGCUGCUGAGCAGUGAAAAUGUCAACCAGGAAGCUCUUCAGUGCUACGCCCGAGAGGCUGCUGACUUUAGCACCAACUACCAACUUCCCACACUGGAUUUUGCCGUGAACCACUGCAGCCAGCCAGAUGUCGCGAUGUUCGACUUCACAAACAUGUAUGCCUCUGAGAACGCUGCCCUGGUCAGGGAGAGGUUUGGACAUCAGCUGUUGGUAGCCCUGGUUGGCGACAGUUUGUUAGAGCCCUUCUGGCCAAUGGGGACAGGUUGCGCCAGAGGAUUCCUGGCAGCCUUUGACACAGCCUGGAUGGUAAAGAGCUGGGCUCAGGGUCGGACAGUCCUGGAGGUGCUAGCAGAGAGGGAGAGUAUUUAUAGGCUGCUUCCUCAGACAACACCAGAAAACAUUGCCAAAAACUUUGAACAAUACACCAUAGACCCCGGGACUCGAUACCCCAACUUAAACUCCUCCUGUGUCAGGCCGCACCAGGUGCGUCACUUGUACAUCAGUGCAGAGCUGAAUUCUUCUUCUCUGGAGCGUGCUGCUACCAUCCGUCGGCCUGUCAAUCUCUACAGACGAGAGUCAGAGAUCAGACCAGCAAGGCUUCUUACCUGGUGCCAAAAACAGACAGAGGGCUACAGGAAUGUGAUGAUUACAGACCUGACGUCUUCUUGGAAAAGUGGUAUUGCCCUCUGUGCCCUCAUCCACAGGUUCAAACCCCAGCUGAUAGAUUUCAACUCGUUAAAUGAAGAAGACCAUACUGCAAACCUGCAGUUGGCCUUUGACAUCAGUGAGCGGGAAAUUGGGAUCCGAGCGUUCACGUCUGUGAAGGAGCUGAGUGCCGGCGAGGAGUUGGAUAAGACUAAGAUGAUCACCUAUCUGUCCAAGUUCUAUGAGCUCUUCCGUGGAACACCUCUACCUGCAUCAGGUUCCAGAGGAGUGGAUGAAAACAAUGAAGAUUAUCCAUCUAAGGAAGUCAGAAGUAAUAAUAAUGUGCCCAGGAAACGGGUACCCAAGGAUGAAAAGAGGUCGGACGGUACAGACCCCAUUCACAAAAGGAGGCGAAAGUUCUGUUGUUUAGAGGAGGCCACCAAUCUGUCCAGUAAUGGUUCCUCAGUCCGAGAUGGACGGGAGCCCACAGAAAAUAAAGUGCGUUCAAUGGCUAGUCAGUUACGGGCCAAAUUUGAAGGCACACCCAGCUACACUGUGCGCAAAACACAGUCAGAUUGUGAGAAGUCCUCCCUGCGAACUCGUGACCUGACUGAGAGUCUGCACGUUAAACUCAGGCCUCCGGUCCCACCUAAACCUCCUCCUGAGAGACAGUUUGAACUCAGUAUCAGAAAAGCAGCUGAACAGUUAGUUCGUCAGCCACCAAAGACACUGCCCAAACCGCAGCUUCGGCCUCUAUUCCCUGUAGUGAAGCUCAGACAUGUUGAUCAAACGCAUGCUGAGUCGAAGCCCCAGCCUGAGCCUGACAGUGCAGACCCUUCCGCUUCUUCUCUCUCCUGCCAUUCAGCAAUCAAUUUCAUGUCAAGAAUCCUCCAACGCCUCAGGGAGGUGGACGAAUACGUCUCUGAGAAAAAAGCUCUGACACAACAGACUAGAGAGUUUCACACAAAGAGUAUAAAGGAAAAAGCUGUUCACCUUAGUGGGCUGUUCUCAGGAGACAGUUCUGCUGAACACAAGGGUGGCUCAGUACGACGAGCAUUCCCUCCUUUGGGUGACAAGUGUCACUCAUGUGAGAGGCGUGUUUACAUGAUGGAGAGGGUCUGUGCCGAGGGGCUCUACUUCCACAGGGAGUGUUUCCGCUGUUCGACCUGCAGCUCCUCUCUGAGACAGGGCAUGCAUGCUUUCGACUCUGGACAGGGGAAACUAUACUGCAAACUUCAUUUUGAUCAGCGUAACAACGGGACAAACCUGCGGAGGACUCUCUCUCGCCACACAAAUCUUCAUAGAGCUGAAGGUCAGGAACGAUGUGUUGCUGAUGGAGAAGGCUCCCAGUCUAGCAGCACAACAGACCUGCAGAGUCAACCUGCAACAGGUACCUUCAGCUCAUUCAUAAGGAAACAGCUUAGGGGGCCCCUGAGUGUGACUCGUGCUGUGUGUAACACCCCCUGGUAUCUAUCCCGCUGUGUGCGUAGUACAGCGCAGGCCCUCACCGGCCACCUGAGGAACAACGCCCAGGACUAUACAUUUCUGUAUGAGCUACUGAGCAUGAGCUUGCCCCUGCUGUUCAUUUUACAAGAGGUACUACUACAGAUGUACAUAGAGGCUGUGCCUGAUGGGCCAAGCCCUUUGCAACCUCUGCUGCUGUGGCUGCAGGAGCAUAUUGCGCACAGGCUCAUUUAGACACGCAGCUGUUCACAUCUGACCCUGAACAAUAUUCCAAAUGUCAUUAAAUCUGUGACUGAGUUGUGCAUUAGCUGGAGUGUUCUUGUGAUAUUAUCAUUUGCAGCUGUGCACAAGCACCUUUUUAUUGUUUUUCCUUUUAUGCUGAUACUGUAGAUAGAUUUGCUCCUAGUGUGUUGGAUGUAUUUGUGCAUCAGCCAAAGAAGAAACACUGUAAGUUGCUCUUGCAACUGUCUGUAGUUUACUAGAGGGGGGCAGGACAGUUUUUCAGAUAAUGAAAGCUGCACCAGAUCAUUUUGCAGUAGGUUUGAUGUGAAAACUAUGCAGCACUAGUUGGGUUAAAAUAAGUAAAAUGCAAAGGAUAAUAGUAGUUAAAAUCCAUAUCCAAUAAAACAGGCCACAGUGAGUGAAUUAAGACUUGAGACUGUGGAAAUGUCCAAUCAUCACUGCUGUAGAAUUUAACCUGUAACAAGCUGUCUUGGAAAAUGGAUCCUGCAGUUAAAUUUCUUAACUCAGGUUACGACUGACUAACUUGAUGCACUUUAUCUUUGGAAACUGCCUUGUGGACGUAGCAGGAAACUGUCUCAUCAGAGAACAGCCUGGUCUAGUGUUAAUACUGAUCACCAGGCAUGUUUUCUCUACACUAUGCAAAUGUGCUCCUGCUAAAUGUUUUUAAAAUUUCUGUGCAGGUAUGUGUGUUGUACACACAUUUGUUUUUGUUUUUUUUAGCCCUGGCCUCUUUGUUUUCUUUAUUGAACAGUUUUUAUUGAUUUUCUGUGGAUCACACCAAAGAAUCUCUUGUUUAAUGCUGUGCUAGUUCUCCUUUGCUGCCAUCUACUGUUGACUCCUAGAAAAACCAUGAAGGCAAAAAGCAACACCCUGCCCCCUUCUCCCUGUAAAACAGAACUAAUAACUACAUGUCAAAUAGUUGAUUUAUGGAGUAUUUUCUAAUUUGCUGUAGACAAUAGAAGCUGGUGAGCAUGCUGUUUGGAUGUGCUUGCCACUCUGGCCUUAAUUUUAAAGCAUGCUGUUGGAAGAUCAAACUUCUUGACUUGACUGGAGUUGCUUUCUGUUCAAAUACACUAUCUAACACUGCUUAUGAGGCAUGGUAGACUCAGAGUAUUUUGUUUAACUUAAAAAAAAAUUGAAGUGAUAUUUGCAAAAAUAUCAGUCAUUAUUUUAAAUGUUCACAGCAUGAUGUGCUGGAUAUGCAAUAUUAUGUUUGUGCUUGGUUGUCAGCAGUGUAAUAUUUUAUGUUUAAUUGCAGAAUCUGCUCCGUGUAAUAUGUCUCAUUUACAGUGCAGUACAGGUGACAACUUAGUGUGUUUUAAAAUACCAAAGAACUGUUUGGUGCAUUUGUAUAACAUAAGUUAUGUUUGUUUAAGAAGACAGCAGUUGCCAAAGCUGUAAAAUGGACAAUGGUGUCAGCAUGCAAAUAUCUUCAUUAUGAAUGUCAGUAUUUUGUUUUGUUUUCAUAAACAUUUUCUACUUUUGUGAAUUCAGCUGUUUUUCUUUAUCAUGAUAUGAUGCAUCUUAAUCUUGUCUGUGUUUUAGAUCCUGUUUUUCUUUUCCUCCCUUCAGCUGAAGCCUUUUAUGAAGUGUGUGAAACAUCUGGAUGGUUAGGAGAAAUGACAUUUUGAAGGUGAUCACCUGCACGUGUAGUAGUUAUGUGGCUGCU